UAUAUUACAUUACAGAGAGCAAAGCAGAAAGUGAAAAUGUUGCAGCUACAAGUCAAUGGGACAGGGUGAAUGAGGUUUGAAACGUAUGUAGCAGUUGUGUUAAAACUGGCUACAAGCGCGAGAGGUGUAAAUUGCUUUCAAUAAAUAUUUGAAUCUUGAGUUCUUCAUAGAUUGCCAGCUUUCAGCUUCCCCAUGCCUCCAUCUCCUCUAGACGACAGAAUUGUGGUGGCGCUGCCAAGGCCAGUCAGACCUCAGGAACUCAAACUUUGCUUGGACACUAGCUACCUUGAUUCUGUCACUGCUACUCGUACAACUGUCAUUAGCACAACUGUAGUGAAAAUAAGGGCUACUAAUCUCAUUUAUAUGCCCUCAUCCAACGGCUCUACGCGCUCGUUGUCUUGUGGAUGCAGCAGCGCCAGUUGCUGCACUGUGGCAACUUACGAAAAGGACAGUCAGACCCAAAGCCAAGUCAGCGCUAGUAGCCCAAACUUGACCUCAGGAGUCUGUACUGUUGGUCCCACCAACCAAAUGGUCAACAAUAAUGAUACGCUAUGUACACCUGGUGGGAUUGGAAGUCAAACUUCUGGCCCUGCUAAACAGCUGUCUGCUGUCAGGAUCAUCUAUCCCAAUGAACUGGCCAAGAGGAUAACCAAAUUUUCCAAAGGUCACCAGCCAAUGCCUGGUCCUGUCAUUAUUGACUGUAGACCGUUCAUGGAGUACAAUAAGAGCCACAUUCAAGGGGCUGUUCACAUCAACUGCUCUGAUAAAAUCAGCAGGAGGAGGCUACAGCAAGGAAAAAUUACUGUUUUGGACUUGAUCUCCUGCAGGGAAAGCAAAGAUUCCUUCAAAAGGAUUUUUUCCAAAGAAAUUAUUGUCUAUGAUGAGAAUACCAAUGACCCAACCAGGGUGAUGCCCUCCCAGCCUCUACAUGUGGUGCUUGAGUCACUGAGAAGAGAAGGCAAGGACCCCCUUGUUUUAAAAGGUGGGCUCAGCAGUUUCAGGCAGAAUCAUGAAAACCUCUGUGACCACUCCCUCCAUCUUCAAGAGUGCCUGGAUUCGGGAGGUGCGUCUGCCGCAGUACCUCACUCCCUCCCAACCACUCCUGAUGUAGAGAACGCUGAAUUGACCCCAAUAUUGCCGUUCCUCUAUCUGGGAAAUGAGCAUGACGCUCAGGACUUGGAGAAGGUGCAGAAGAUGAACAUUGCAUACAUUAUUAACGUCACCACCCACCUGCCACUUUUCCACUAUGAGAAAGGCAUCUUCAAUUACAAGAGGCUACCCGCCACUGAUAGCAACAAACAGAAUCUCAGGCAAUACUUUGAGGAGGCCUUUGAAUUUAUUGAGGAAGCACAUCAGAGUGGCAAGGGGCUCCUUAUUCAUUGUCAAGCUGGUGUGUCUCGUUCCGCCACAAUUGUGAUCGCGUACUUGAUGAAGCACACACGGAUGACCAUGACGGAUGCCUAUAAAUUUGUUAAAACAAGGAGACCGAUUAUAUCUCCUAACCUUAACUUCAUGGGGCAACUUUUGGAGUUUGAGGAAGAUCUGAACAAUGGCAUAACUCCCCGAAUCCUCACACCAAAGCUCACUGGGGUAGAGACCGUCGUCUAAAGGGGCCACUUCGCUUAUUGAUCUGGUUUCAAAGAAUCAUUGAAAGAAGAUGCUGCUUUGGCUAUCUUUCAUUACUUUAGGGUAAACUAUACUUUUGGUGCUUCAGAAAAUGAUUACAGCAACAGUAUAAAGAAUACUGAAAAAAGAGCAUGUGUUCUCUGGAUUAAAAUGCGUGAGAGAGGGGAUUUUUUGUUUGAACUGGCAGCAAAACAGGAGUACAAAAUGCAUUGAAAGAAGGACUGCAAUGUUUUGAGUGAGGCUGUCUAUGCAGGUUCAUAGACAGGAAAAAAAUAUUCAAACUGAGAAGUCCUUAUAAAAUAAUAAUAAAAAAAAAAAAAAGAAUACUUACAAAUAAAAAUCUCAGUUUCUUGAAUGGGGGAACUAUGUGUUUCCUUAUGGUUUCUAAAGACCACAACUGCAAGUUGGUGCAAAGAAGGCAGCCAAAUAAUGCCAUAGAACUAUACAGAGAUGUUUAAGAAAGACUUGUUUAUUUGGUGUGUUUAUGUUCUUCUAUUUUUCUAUGGGGGUAAUAUUGGGAUAACUAUUGGGGUAAUGACCAUUGUAUGCCCUCAGUGGCUUAUUGUGCAAUAAUUUGAGUGGAAAACAAUUGGAGCUGGACAUAAAGUGUAAAUAGAGUGUUAAUAUUGCCGGCUCAGUGAUUUAUUUACAAGAAAGCCAUUUUCUUUCUUUUUGUUCUUUUUUUUUGUUUGUUUUUUUUUGUUUUUUUUUGUCUCAGUCUGGUUAAAGUGCCAUUAACCUUGGUGCAAAUGUUUAUCAGAAUGUAAACAAAAAAGAUUGAAAUAUUUUGGCACAAAAUAUUGGUGUGCUAGUGUUGUCUGUAUAAUUUCAUUUUGUUUAUUAUAUAUAAAAAAGAAACUUUA